CAGCCGGAAGCCUUGUCCCUAAAGCGCCAUCUGCUGAUAGCUCGAGAUCUGGGUCACCUCACGGAUCAUUUAUACCUCAGCCACGAGGUGGCGUCGUAACACGGGAUAGAAAUAGUACUGACCGAAGUCAGUCCAGGCCUUCAUCAACCUCGUCAACAUCAUCAAUACCACAUUUCCCCGUUAAAUCCAGUUCGGGUGUUACUCUUCGUAAUUCACCAGGUGUCGCAAUUUCUCUUGGGAGCAAAAAUUCGCCCUACAAUAAUAACUCUAUGUUAGAUAAAUUUAAAAUUUUCAAUUCGAAGGAAAAGUCUGGGGAUAAAGUUAAAGGUGGCGCAUUCUCUAAGAGAACAAGCAGCAGUAGCGGCUUCAGUUCAGCGAGAAGUGAACGGAGUGAUUCUUCCAAUAGUAUAUGUAGCGAACCUAAAUCUGGCUCAACUCCUGAAGGACCGGAGACAUCCACAAGCCCCACUUCUCCGGGGAUUAAUAGCCCCAAAAUUGUUGUAAAGAACUUUGCCAAGAAAACAUUUGGGAGAAAUUCGACUAGCAGUAGCAAAAGUAACAGUAUAAAAACAACAAAUUCUAGUAAAGAUAUUGAGUCCACUAAACCUAAUUCCGUGAAACCAACAUAUUCGAAACUGCCCAGUUGUGCAGCUGUACUAAAAGAAAAUUCUGAAAAUAAAGAGAGCAGUUUUCAGAAUGAAAAAUAUGAAAGAACCACGCACAAAGAAAAGUCGGAUAGUAAAGACAGCUGUGCACAAAAGGUCAAAUCUGAUCUAAGUAAGCAGAAAGACAGAACGCAAUACAAAGAAAACAAUUUAUCUUUAGAUCGUAAACCUUGUUCACAGAAAGGGAAAACAGAACGCACUGGACUCGGUGCAGCUAAAGUCAGACCCGACAGAGCUGAGCCUGGUUUGGAAAAGAACCGGUCUGAACAAAUACCAAGAGAUAAACUUGAAGAUAGUGAAGGUGGCGCAGAAAAAGGCAGCGCACAGUCUACUAAUUGUCAUUAUCACAAGGGCAAUCCUCAACAUCGAGAUCUCAACUUAUUGAAAGACAGUCCGGAAUGUAAUGAAAAAAACAGUGGAGUUGUCGGUUUUGAAGCUUCAACUACUAACACCUCAGCCAUAAAGUCCAGUAGUAAGACAGUAACUACAGCCACAACUAAGCCUCAACAAAGUAAAUAUUUUGAAGAAAACCAAAUUGCUGAAGGUAAAGAAAUUCCAAAUCGCCAGUCAAAGAUAUCUAGCCUUGUUCCUAAGACUGAAAGAGCCUUAAAGACACUCAGUUCAGAAAUUCCUUGUAACAUUGCGAAGGAAAAGAGUUAUAAUAUCGUGGGAACUUCUUAUUCAGAUUCUAGUGACUCCAUGUUGGGCCAGAUGGACAACAGUAGCAAUCUUAAGCCCACAGCGGCUGUAAAGGGAACAUCCAAACCUCGUAAGGAGGACUUUCAAAAGUAUAAAAAUACCGAUACUUCAUUAAACUGCAAAGAAGGGUGCAAGAAAAGCAUGGAACGUCAAGAUUCCCUAGAUAUGCGAGCCUCAUCUGAUACUACUUUAACAUCUUUCUGUGACAAACAGAGGGACGAGCAGGUUACGAAUCUGCAAAAAAAGGAGGUGGACGUAGGUACUUGCCAGGAAGCUGAAUCUAGGUCCAGUACGAAGUUAGAUCGUUCUGGAUCUGACCGUUGUCUAGAUGGAUCACAAAAUGGUGUGUCUGUCGCCAAAGUUUCCCCAAUUAUGAGUAAUGACGUUACAGUUUGCAGUAAAAGUAAGUCCACAGAACGUGGUACAGGUUCUUGUGAGAGUGAAAACAAGAAGAAUAUAAAUUCCUUUGAGACAGGAAGGAAUACGGAAAGUCAGGAAUACCAAGACUGUUCACCUCAAAGUCCUCGAUCUCAAGAAACAACUCAAGCCAAGACAACAUCAGAUGUCCUUGAUGCCGAAGGUGUAAGAGAUUUGACUCACAAGAAAGGAAAUCAACCAGGCGUCAAGAAAAAUAAGAAGCAUGAUCCACGUGCUACAGCCCCAUUUUCUAAAGAUAUGACGAUAAUAGAAGAAUCCGAUGAUAUCAUGGUUAAUAUAAAGCCCAUGCAACCCCUCACACGCGUCUCACCUUACGGCUACAUUCGUGGUCUGGGUCCUUUGUCUUCCAGCCGUAAUAUGACGAACAGGUUACAUAUGCCCAACUUUAGAUUGCCCUCAGAUACCGGAAGUAUUUCCGGUGGUAAGAUCGGACUUUCACGUCACAUUCUAACCACAGAUGAUUCAUCAAAGAUAUAUGGUGUCCCUGUAAAAAGGUCAUUGGGUAGUAGUCAUGCUUUUAUGGACAUGGACUAUGUUUCGGACAUGGACUGUAUGGACAUUGCUGCAGGUUACAUGAGCGAUGGAGAUGUGCUUCGCCCCAAUCCUGUUUACAGAGCGGAGGAUAUCUGCAGUGGCUACAUGAGUGAAGGUGGCGGUUUUCUCUAUUCACGGCGGGUAUCAUCAAAAGCGAGUGGAAAAGAUAUGUCUUCUAAACCAAUUAACGUCCUCCAGGAUGAUAGGAAUAUUAAGUCAUACCAACAACGCCUGUUACACAAAUUGGGCCUCGACGACAGUAGUUCUAUCAGUAGUGGUCUUAGUGACGCUAUUGCUGACAUAAGUACAGAUGAUAACUUGACGGGAUCCUCACUGAGUUCAGAAACCAAUCAGUAUGGCAGUUUGAAACGAACAUCGCGAGAUGGAGCCAAUAAAUAUUCUCUUUCUAACGAGAACAAGAACAGAAGAGUAUGGGAUGAACAUGUUCAUGGUGUGUCUGCACCUGCAAGAUCAUCUAGUGGCAGGUCUGGAAACGUGGAGAAAACGGACAGCUCAAUGCAGACAGAAUCUAGUGCCUUCCACCAAAUGUCAUCAGCUGUGUGGAAGAAGUACCUCCAACAACAACAGCACGCGCGAGCAGGCAAGACUGAAUCUGAAGCACGCUAUAAAGACAAUAAAAAUUGUUCUGUGUCUGCCAAUGAAAAGAAGAGUAGUAGUGUAAACGAAGGUCAGAAAUCUAAACAUAAAACCCUGGGACAGAAAACAGAAGAUGGGAAGUACCAAGAUUUUGAUCCCCGAAUUGAAAAGAGUUCACGAAAUGGAAGAAGUACUAGUCCAAAGCUUAGUAAGAUGAACUCAGACUCCGUAAACCAGAUGGGUCAACCAGCGCGUGACCUUCGAAAAGCUCAAGGAUCUAGAGCAGUUAUAAUGGGGAACAGCACAAGUUAUGAAGUAGGUAAAAGACCAUCUAGUAUAUCAAGUGUGUCAUCGAAUGGCAGUAGCAAAACAGGAAGCUCUAAAACACACAGUAAUUCCAGAAAAGAAAAGUCAGAAGAAACGAAAAACAACGAUAUUUAUCACGUGGAAUCUCUGGACAUCAACCAUGUCCAGUCAUCAAGUCUACCUAGGAAUGUGUCUACAGCGUCUUCUAGUGGUAAAAGCAUCUACGACCGCAGAGAAAAGAUCAAAGUGUCUACUAAUACUCAGACAAACACUCAUGAAAUGCAUGUUUUUGGCGGUUCAACGGCCCUUUCUGACAGUGAAUAUAGCUCGUUAGGGCGAAAGUCAUCUAAACAGUGUUCUCUGAUGUCACCGACUGUUGGAGGACUCCGGGAACGCGUUUACGGAACCCGUUCUCUCAUUAAUGGCUCGUCAAACUCAGACUACGUAAUUCUCUCUGGUUUCCCCCCUCGAGAACGCUCGAUUCAUCCAAGACUGUCUACAUCAAGUAGGCCUAACGAUGGAGACAUGGGAAAUUAUGCUAACAUUGAACAUCUGGGCAUUAGCAGUUCUCUUCCGUCAUCCAAUUCUAGCACCUAUGCCUGGCUACGUUACAGUGGCAGUUCAGGUGCUUCAGUAAUCUCAGGAACAGGGAAUAGAAGUUGCAGUGGAGGUGGGCUUACUGAGGCAGAGAGUAUGGAAUCUUUAUCUUCAACUUCUUCGAGUGUACAUGCUCAGAUCCAGCAUGCACGUGCUAACAGCCUGACUCACGCUCGUUUAAUGAUCCACCAGAAGGAGCUGUCAGGAUCUCCUCGUCUGUCCCGUUCCAAUUCAAUUAGGUCAACCAAGUCAGAGAAGUUGUAUCCUUCUAUGUUACAGCGAUCUGAUGAAGUGGACAAUGGCUAUUCAGGCAGUGCAUCACUUGCUGGACAUCCAGCUAGCAGUGGUCAGCCGAGCUCACCGAAUACAAAUUCGAACAACCAGGGUACGCAACGCUACCUAUUUCCUGUUUCUCCGGUCAAUCCUUUACCACAGACGUCAAAUGCCUCAGCAGUGCCAUCUAGUGUCCGAUUUUCAGGAUCUAUGCCUCAUUACAUGGGAGGAAUGUUAUCAAAAAUCUCCAACAAAGAAGAUGAAAUGCAUGGCUCAUCUUUAUCCGUUGUCUCUUCCACUUCAUCUGUGUAUUCAACAGCUGAAGACAAACAGACCCAAGAGAUUAAAAAAUUAAAGAGGGAAUUAGAACUUGCCAAUGAAAAAAUUGCUACGCUUACUUCCCAGCUGACCACCAACGCCCAUAUGGUAGCAGCAUUUGAACAGUCUUUAUCAAACAUGACUAAUAGGCUCCACCACCUAACAGCCAGUGCUGAACAAAAGGACUCGGAACUUGGGGAAUUGCGGAGUACAAUAGAAGCCCUCAGUAAACAGAGUGCAGAAGCUGGGCUCACAAAGAUAGCACUGCAGUCAAUGCAAGCAGUUCAAAGAAGUACGAAUGGUGCAAAUUUAGUUCGUCGUCAUACUUUCAAUAAUACUAAAGAGCAUGCACUUCAAGAACACAAGAUGUCUAGACAAAUGUCUACAGAUUCUGUGUCAAGUGUCAACUCUUUGUCCAGUGGUAACAGUGGAAAUUCCAGAUCUGGAGAAAUGAGUGAUGGAAAAGACAAGAAAAAGAAAAAAGGAUGGCUCCGAAGUUCUUUCAGCAAAGCCUUUUCUCGAAGUAAAAAAAAUAAAAAUGGAUCUGUGUCUGACGUGGAAGACAUUAGACAGUUUCAGUCAGAUUCCUCUACUCCAAAUUCUCCAUUACUUGGCUCACACCAUAUUAAUGGAGGAAUACUGGGAAAUACUGUCAAGUCAUCACAUUCCUCAUCUGAGUUAUAUGAGAAAGAUGGUGAUAGAUCAUCAGAGACAGUGAACAAACUCAAGAAACAGUUGAGAGAAAAAGAAAUGGUUAUUACAGAUAUUCGUCUUGAGUCUCUGACUUCAGCUCAACAACUAGAGACCCUAAAAGAAACUGUCAGCAAAAUGCAGAAUGAAAUGGUGAACUUGAAACAAGACAAUAGCCGAUUACAGAAACUUGUAUCCACAGACUCUCUUACCUCAUCUCAGACUUCCUUGCUUCUUAGAAAUAGUGCUGAAAGCCUUGAAAAGAGAUUAAGUGCCUCCGAAUGCUCAGGACCAUCUGGUCUUGACAUAUACCUUACUGAUGCUGCAAAUGAUCGAGAAGGCAAACAUGUAACCAUAUCGGUAUUUUUAGGUUGCCAUGGUGAUUAUAACAAAUUCAAAACUCAAAAUGAGAACAUCAGUGAAGUUCUUAUUGGAGCUUUGUCAGUCAGUGGAAAGACAAAGUGGGAUAUUAUGGACAAUGUAUUAAAACGAAUUUUUAAAGAAUAUGUUCAAAGGAUUGAUCCAGUAUCAAACCUGGGAUUGAACACAGAGAGUGUUUUAAGUUACCAUAUAGGGGAAAUUGUCCGAGCAAAAGAAAACAAAAACUCAAAUGCAGAAUUACCUGAAUUAUUACCUUGUGGUUACCUAGUUGGUGAUGACAUGCAAAUACGAAUCACUUUAAAGGGCACAAGUCAGAGUUCUGUGGAAGGUCUCACAUUUGAAACCCUUAUUCCCAAGUCUAUAAUUCAGCGGUAUGUGUCAUUGCUGAUGGAGCACAGGAGGAUCAUUUUGUGUGGGCCAAGUGGAACGGGUAAAACCUAUCUUGCUCAGAAACUUGCAGAGUAUCUUGUCUUGAGAAAUGGAAAAGAGGUCAGUCCUGGUGCUAUAGCAACAUUUGGGGUUGACCACAAGUCAGCUAAAGAACUUCGACAGUAUUUAACUAAUGUAGCAGAACAAUGUGAGAGUAGUAACCCCUCAGAUCUUCCAACUGUGAUAAUUCUGGAUAAUCUCCACCAUGUGGGUUCUUUAGGUGAAGUGUUCAACGGUUUCCUUAGUGCCAAAUAUCAGAAAUGUCCAUAUAUUAUUGGAACAAUGAACCAAGCCACUUGCUCAACAACAAACCUCCAGCUUCAUCACAACUUCAGGUGGGUCCUUUGUGCUAAUCACAUGGAACCUGUGAAGGGGUUCUUAGGCAGAUACCUCAGGAGAAAACUUGUAGAACAUGAAAUCCAGAGUGGUUCACAGAAUCCAGAACUUACUACUAUUAUUGAUUGGAUGCCAAAGGUGUGGGCACAUUUGAAUAAGUUUCUAGAAACCCAUAGUUCAUCUGAUGUUACUAUUGGUCCCAGAUUAUUCCUGUCAUGCCCUAUAGAUGUUGCUAGUUCCCAAGUUUGGUUUACAGAUCUGUGGAAUUACAGUAUUGUUCCAUACCUCUUAGAGGCAGUCAGGGAAGGUUUACAGUUAUAUGGUCGCCGGGCUCCCUGGGAUGAUCCAGCAGAUUGGGUUUAUGAAUCUUACCCAUGGCCAACUUCAGGGGAAGGUGAGUGGCCUCAGUUGCUACGACUGCGGCCAGAGGAUGUGGGAUACGAAAGUCAUCCAUCACCAGGUGCAACUACCAAAGGUUCCCAAGGAGCUCAAAGUGAUGUAGAAGCUGAUCCUUUGCUAAACAUGCUUAUGAGAUUACAAGAAGCUGCAAGCUGCUCAAGUCCUCAUGGUAACGAUGGCGACACUACUAUCAGUGAUCAUGAUCAUACUUUUACUUCCACUGACCUCAUGACUGGAGAUACUGUGGAAUCUACACUUUGAGAACAUCCAUCUAAGUCUCUCUCUUUGUCUGAAAACUAUUAGCACAGACAUGAACUUUCAGACUCUGUAUUAAAAUUUACUAGGAAUGAUCUACUUCUGAAAGAAAUGUUUCACUUUUGUAAAGUUCUUCAAAGUAUUUCUUUGCUUUUAAGAAAAAUACACGUGUACUAAAGUUUUGUAAAAUAGUCAUUUUCGGAAGGAAAUAUUGAAAAACUUUUGUAUGAUUAUUUGAAAUUUAUAUCUCAACUGUUGAUUUCUAUGUAUCUUAUUAACAUGGUGUGUUAUUAGAUAAGUUUAUAUACGAAGAACAAAACAUGCAAGGAUAUGUCAUACAGAAUUUGGGUGGUUCUGUUAUGAAAGCAGAAAGUGCUCUUUUAAGAAAAAAUUAAAAGUUCAAGGAAGUCAUUUUUAAUGUUGCAACUUCAUUCUAAGAUACAACCUAGUACAACAGAUAUGUUAUUUAGUGGUAUGAUCACACGUAUUGUAAUAUUUAUUUGUAGCAUCACAAACUUGUAAUUAUAUUUUUUUAACUAGACCUUUUUUUAGAAAUAACAGAUGGUAAAUUUAUAACAGUACGACAAGGUUAUUUGCACAACUGAGAAUUUGUAAUGUGACAUAUUUUUAUUUAUUUAUGGAGCAAGUGCAUUUAUACUGUAUGUUGUGAUAUUUUGUACUGUUCUGAUAUGAUUACCACAUUUAGAAUUAAGUGCUAGAAAAAACGUUAUUUAUUUUUCUGGUGUGAUACUUCAACUAAGUGGGUUCUGCUAUUACUGAGUAAUAUAAAAAUAUGUUUUACAUUUUAGCUAGCUUUAGAUGGACUCACUUUGUAUUAAUAUUGGGUUUUAUACCUUUGCGAGCUGUAGAUGGGUUCUGCUAAUACUUAACACUGCACAUGAACAUUGAUUUAACUGGUAAUAUACUUAAGUUGGGUUGUAAAAGUUCGUGCCAGUUUUAUUCAUAAACUGUUCACCUAAAUUCCACUUCUUUUCAAAGUAUAAACUAAACAAAGUUUUUCUUUCUCUUCUCAAAUGAACGUUAUAAGUACACAAGUACGUUUUUAUAUCUAAAUGCAUAAAUAACUGUAACGAAUCAGUACAUUUCUAGACACACCAAAGAAAUGUGUGUACUUUAAGUAAUUUCUUUAUAAUUAAAAUUCUUAUCAAUUCCACUAAAUUGAACCAUAUUUUAUCAAGGUUGUCUAAUUUGAGAGAAGAACUCUUCUUCUUUUUUUUUUAUUAUUAUUAUUAAGAUUAAAAAAGGAUUGUGGUAUAAUGGGUGAUUAAAAAUGGGGACUAGAACAAGAGUCCGCCAUCAGAACUUUUACUGGUACUCUAAACAAGUUUCCAAGCUGUACAUUUCAGCGUUUGUGGAAUCCUACUCGUGGUCUAUCAAAUCAAGGAGCUGUAGUCUGUAGAAUCACAAUGUUGUAAAUGAACUGAGAACGUGAAGAUAUACGCACCGAAGGUUCGUCAACCAUCAUAAUCAAAGGCGUUCAAUUAUGUUGUCCUGAACAAAGUAUUGCAUAACUCAGAAGUAACACCAGUUUUGGGGCACUUGAUUAGCUUGUCGUGGGUAAUUGAGUUAUCUAUAGUGUAUAAUGCUAGUGAUGAAAGGUAGCAUAGUACGUACUGUAAAAUCUGGUAAGAUGUGUUUUAGCUUCCACGCCUGAUAUUUUCUAUAGUAAAGGAAUAUCUUCUGUCACUUUGUAUACCUUGGUGUAUCUGUGAGCACUCGUGUAGCUGUUCUAUACAACUUGUAGUAACAGGUUAUAAAAAAAAUAAACUUAAUAAUGUGUGUGUGUGUGUUCUGACUUGUAUGUUUUUAUUUUUGUGGCGGAGUGGAACAUUCGUUUGUGUUCUUUUAUUUUUAACCAAAGACUGCGAUAAUGUAUGAAUAAUUGUUUUGUUUUUGAUAAUAUUAAAACUCUAGAAAAGUGUGUUAUUUCAAUCAAUUUGACAUACAAGAAGAUUUCUCUAAUGUAUAUGCUUAUAAAGCUUAUUUAAUUUGUAUGCCAUAAUGUGUAAGUAACGUCAUUACCUUUUUGUAACCAACUGAAUAUAAAAUAACUCCCACCUUCACCCCGGUCAGUCUGACCUCAGUAUUUUUUUGCCUUCCUUCUCCUCCGGUCAGUUUGACCUUAGUAUUUUGUCUAAAAUUGUAAAGCUGUCUUGUAUAGAUUUUGUAAAUAAAACAAAAUGUUUUUGACAGAG